AUGAAACCUAGAUAUUCUGAAAGAGCAGGUAAAAUUUAGUAGGAAUCCGUUUUUUCUACUUGCCGAAUAAGUCUGUGCGACGAGAAAUAUCGUCGAAAAGAUCCGACCAAAAAAUCGAAAGAGAGAAAAGACGAACCGAAAGGCCUUGGAAGGCGUCACCAAAUAGUCUAGUGGAAAAAGUUCCACGCACAAAUCUUUUGGGGGAGGGAGGCUUUGGAAGUUCGAGUCCACCCGGAGCGGAUAUCUCCGGAUUUGAACGUACGUGUUCAUUACUGUAUUCUACAGUUAUACAAAAAAAAAUUUUUUUUGUUUAACCUGUUUUACAAGGUUGUUUGCAUCCGAAGGCGUGGCAAUCACUGGUCAUUACCUCUUUUUAUGAUGCCGCCAGGUCCGAAGUUCCAAAGAAGACAAAUUUAUGCAAAUUUAUACCUUCUGGGCAGAAUUUGACAAAAAUAAUUUGGGCAUUUGUUAAACACAUGUCCACGGCCAUUUUAAACCAAAAAACUCAAAAUAGAUUUUUUCGUAAAUAUUCACGGGGUCUACUGCACGCUGAUGCAAGGACCCAAAAAUUCUCUUUUCAACUUUUCUUGCAAAAUUUUAUGAAAAGGUGAGAUUUUGGCAACAUCCUUUUUGGGAAACCGAAAAAGAUCUGCAAGAUCCUACACAACCUUCCAGAAUCAGUAGAAGUGUCUUGAAAAUACCACUAUGUCGACAUCGGGCUUAUCAAAAAUAUUGCCGAAGUGUCAGCUUUUCUUAAAAUUUUGCAACAAACCUUGCAAAACAGGUAAAUAAACAAAAAAAUUUUUUUUGUAUAAAUGUAGAAUACAGUAAUGAACACGUAGGUUCAAAUCCGGAGAUAUCCGCUCCGGGUGGACUCGAACUUCCAAAGCCUCCCUCCCCCAAAAGAUUUGUGCGUGGAACUUUUUCCACUAGACUAUUUGGUGACGCCUUCCAAGGCCUUUCGGUUCGUCUUUUCUCUCUUUCGAUUUUUUGGUCGGAUCUUUUCGACGAUAUUUCUCGUCGCACAGACUUAUUCGGCAAGUAGAAAAAACGGAUUCCUACUAAAUUUUACCUGCUCUUUCAGAAUAUCUAGGUUUCAUUUGUGGAUCCCACGGAUCGUUGGGACCAUUCCCUUGUAAGAAGUAUUUAUUUGGCAAAACUUUGCCAAAUUUGGCGAAAUUUCUUCUUCUAUUUUGCCAGCGACUCGCCACCGUUCAACAAAAUAAUUUUCCCUCAAAAUGAGCCAAUUCCCAAAUUUCUCAAAUUUGCAUGAAAUGUAUUUGUGAAAUGUAUUUCCAAUGUAUUAGUAAAUUGGUCCCAGGCCAACGGAAGCACGGCUAAGUUUUCUUUCUGAGUCAAGUCUAAAAUAAGAAUGUUUCGAAAGAUCACAUAAUCUCUUUUCUCACAUGUUAUUGUUAUUUAUGUGAUCAUUUAGUUGCACGUGAUAAUGGCCAAUUGUUCGUUUUUCGCGCUGUGAACGUUCUCAGUUCGGGUCAGCCGUGUCCUGACCAGCUGUUUCGAGAGCCCUGUGACAGGUAAGAGGGUUAAGUAGUACAAAGUAGUGCCUUCUGAUACGAGGAGUGUCCUUUUACUCCGCCUUGAAAUCAUUAGUCGGAUCUCGGUUUGGCCGUUCCUUAGUCGAGAGCUGACCCUUUAGUCAGAGCCAGCUCUUUUUCGCUCGUGUUCGUUCGUUUUUAACCGCCUGACCUUAGUUUUUGUUGGCAGAGAUGCGGAUGUUGUACGAUCGACCGGAGGGACCACCGCCAGGGAGUCCUACUCUCGGCAACGAUGAUACCCAGAAGCAGAUGCAGCGUCUCCUUGCUGACAAAAUCAACUGCUACGCUUCCAUCGAGGACCUCAGAUUAUUGCUUGUUUCGGGCGCCAAGGUAGUUUUGGCAGAUUUUCGUCGUUUCCAACGCCUGCUACUAUCAUUAAUGCAUUAGUAAUGAUUUUUUCAGGCUGAUGGCGUUGUCACCUUGGGGUUAACACCAUUGCAUUACGCCUGUCAUAAAAAUUACUUUGAUGCUGCAAAGCUGCUGAUUGUAAGAGGAGCCAAAGUAGAGGCUGUGGAUGAAGUGGGAUAUUCAGCUCUCCAUUUGUGCGCAGAGAAAGGAAGCUACACAUUAUUGAAGCUCCUACUUGAUGUAGGUUUUAACCGAUUUUUAACAUAUUUAAUUACUGAUACGAAGAGCACUGUGUGAACUUUCUAAACUUCAAUUAAACCGUUUUAGCAUAUGGCAAAUCCUGAUAAAUAUCUGUCAUUCGAGCAAAAAGAUCAACCAUAUCCAAUCAGAGAUGGUGUCGACGAACCACUGAGGCUCGCCAUCUAUCAACGACAUUACGAAUGUGCGAAGAUCCUGCUCGAAAUGGGAGCGGACCCGAACGCCCGGUAUUUUGAAGGUCCUCAGAUUACUCUACUUGACCCAAAAGACACAAAUUAUUUUAAAUUGUUAGUAAGUCAUUACUUCUGCGGCCGGCCCCACAACAUCAUUUAAGCUCGAAUAUGGUGCUGAUCCAAACGUUAAAUCAAGGAAAGGGAUUACGCCGUUGAUGAAAUCAUGCGAAGGCGGGGAAACUUCCUUUGAAACCACUAAACUUUUAAUCGAAAACAGUGCGGAUAUUAAUGUCCUCAACUCGAAAGCUUCUUAUCCAAUGAGUGCGUUGCACUAUGCCGUUGGAAGUGGUCAUGCGCCCACCGUAAAAUUUCUUCUUCAGGUAACUUGUAUGGUCGUUCUGUGCCUCAACCAAUUAUUUUAGCAUGGAGCAAGACAAAAUCUGAAGCCAGAUUCCGAAUUGAACGGUCAAAGGUUUCCCCCGGUCCUCCACUUUGCCAUAAUGUCAGGUAACCUGGAGAUUGUACAACUUCUCUUGGAUUACGGUGCCACUCUCCAUACUCCUGAUGGCAUUUAUGGAAAUGCUGUCCAUUUGGCAGUGUGCUUCAGAAUGGAUGCCGUCGAUACCGUUGAAAUGAUCGAGCUUUUACUAAAAAACGGGGCCGACGUUAAUCGUGGAGUAAUCAAUCCUCAUAAUGUCUAUAUAAGAUCGCCGGUGGAGGAAUUUUUCCGUCGACUUUAUAAGUACGAGAUAGAGACGGGACACGGAUACAAGAACUGGGUUAGGGUUGUGAAGCUUUUGUUUUCUUAUGGAGGCAUUUUCCAAAUAUCCCCAGCUUCGUUGGAUGUCAGAUCCAUGGCCGUUCCUACAGCCAAACCAUGGCCAAGUUAUGCGGACAACCUUAACCAUUAUCUAAUGAGCAUUGCAUCGGACGUUAAGGAUGUCAGCUCAAUAGAACCAGAGAAUUCGAUGUACAUCUCGGCUAAACAAAUUCAUGAUCUCAAAAGGUAAGCCGCUAGGAUUGUGUAUCAAUAGUUAUAUAUUCUAGUCAACCAAGGCGCCUUCUCGAACAAUGCAGGACAUACAUUCGAGCCCGAAUUAAGAUCAACCCAAACACCGUUAAAGAACUGCCAUUGGGGCCAUUGAUGCGCGAUUACAUUCUUGGAAUUACUGGUUUGCCAGAAGAAUGA